GUAAUGAGGAAGUCAGUUCAGAGGGGGAGGAUCAUGGGAAAGUCAUCUCCAUAAACAUCUGCUUUUUCGUCUGUUUUUGAGGCUUAAACAUGACUCACGCGGAGGCUGCUCUGUGUUUAAUCCUGCUCCUGUUUCUUCAUGUGGUGGCUCUGUUCAGGAGUAAUGGACAGCAGCAGUGGCCCGUUCCCUACAGACGGUUUGAUCAUCGUCCUGUUGUGGACUCUUACUGUGAAGCUCUCUACCCGUUCUGUCCCACUGGAGACCGGGACGGACGGAUACCCUUCAUGAGAGACAGUGAUGUCAUCUCAGUUUAUCGACUGCAAACACCUGUGUGGGAAUUCAAGUAUGGAGAUUUGCUGGGGAAAUUUCAUAUCAUGCAUGAUGCCAUUGGGUUCAGCAGCUCAGAGACAGGGACCAGCUACACCUUGGAGUGGUACGAGCUGUUUCAGCUGGGUAACUGCACAUUCCCUCACAUCAGGCCUGAGGUGUACGCACCUUUCUGGUGCAAUCAGGGAGCUGCCUGCCUCUUUGAAGGCAUUGAUGACUUACACUGGUCUCAAAAUGGCACCUUGGAGAAAAUAGGAGAAGUCACAGGGAGCCAGUUCAAUGACCUGGCCCAGUGGGUCCAGGACGACAACAACACUGGAAUCUACUAUGAGACGUGGACAGUUCGCUCUGACCCAAGCCCUAAUGCCACGGUGUGGUUUGAGUCUUACGACUGCUCUCAGUUUGUCCACCGCACAUACAGGAAACUGACUGAGCUGGGAGCCAAACUAUCCAGCAGAUCACAAACCAACUACACCAAGAUCUACCUGUACAGCGGAGAGCCCACCUACCUCGGCAACGACAGCGCCAUAUUCGGACAGCCUGCUCUGAAGAAUCUGGCAGUGGACAUCCGUAAAUUUUACCACACAUUCAGACCACACCAGUCGUUUAUAGACUUUUCCAUCAGCCUGUUGGAAGCUUAUAAAAAAGUUGUGUUGGACAAGAGCUUCUACCUCUACUACAACUUUGAGUACUGGCAUCUGCCAAUGAAGCCUCCCUAUGUGCAGAUUACAUAUGAAGAAGUGCCUUUGCCCUAACAUAAAACUUUUACCACAGUGUUUUCAUUCAGGAGUGUAAAUACUAAAUAUUGUCAUUAAUGAUUAAUCAGUUUGUUUUUUGAUUGAUUGUCCAAAAGCCAAAGAUAAUAAUGCAAAAUAAAUUACUUGUUGAGGUUCAAACUUCAUUCUCAACCCUGGAAACAGCAAGGUCCAUUUAGUACCUCUUCUGGAGCUUACAAUGAUAUCACAUGAUUUUCAUAAGCAGAUGAGUUUCCCUGUAAAUAAAAUUCUUUGUACAUUCA